AUCGGUGAUCACUUUCAAACAGUUUUGGAAACAGAUAUACAGAAGCAUACAUCAUGUGCGGUGGAUUUCAUUGAUACUCAGAUAUGGCAAUGAAAACCUUGAUGUUAGUAUUUGCUAACGCCAUGUUACUAGGCAUGUUUUAUCAACAAGUUGAGUGUAAUGGGCAGUUCUAUGGCGGGUCCAUGAGCUAUGUUAUGGAAAAACAAACUGACGACAGCCAACUGGUAACCAUUGAGCUCAUAACUGGUUGGGUGCUUGGGGAAGGCCCCUGUGGCCCAGGUUGCACAAAAUCUGAUAUUGGAAGAUCUACUCGUUUAACUAGACCACAAAUGGUUACAACCAAUCCAGACUACCUUGGUAAAUUUUUAAAAGAACAUAAAUCAAACGCUUCAACUCAACUAAUUCCUAUGGAUACAAGAGUAAAUUCCACAUACAAUGAAACUGUUAUCGCUAUCAGUGAAAAGGGAAAUUGGGAACAAGAAAUAAUGCACUUCAGCGUUAUUAUGGAGAAAGACAAAGAAAGAAUGGAUAUCAUGUUCUCGGGAUUAUCAUGGAGGCAGCUUUCGUCAGUACAGACAGAUAAAAAAGAUAUUAAGUGGCACUUCCAAACAAAAAUAGUUUCAAGGUUGAGGAGCGAUACAAACUCAACAAAUCAAAGUCCGAAGACUCUUUCGAAACCGUUCUACAGGGUUAAACUUGAUAAUGUAACCGAAAUCAGACUUCCGGCAGUUGAUGGUGAUGGCGAUUACAUUAAAUGUAAAAUUUCAGAAUUUGGUGAAGGAGGAGUGAUAUCAUCACAUCUGCCUCCACUCGUACAAAUCAUGGAGAAUUGCUCUGUUUUCAUCAACGCUUCUCGAGCCAGUGGGUAUGAGGAUAAUACAUGGAUUGCCGUUCCUGUCAGCGUCCGUGACUAUAACAGAAAGGACAUAAUUUACGGGACCGAACUUUACUUUUCAGGAAAAUACUCCCUAAGCACAACUGCCGUUCAGUUUGUUGUUCAGAUUCUAGAUAAUCUAACAACUCCAGUAUUUGUAGAACCAAGUUAUGAAGGAAACCAUGUUUUCAUCAUGUAUUCGGGCACGGAGUGGAAAACUCAAAUAUAUGCUGAAGCUACUGCAAACACUACUAUAGAAGAGUUUACAACUUUUGGACUCGAAGAAGAAAAGCUUAUCUUAUCAAAUGCUCAACAGGACCCUAAAAGGUCGCAAGUAAUGUUCACCAUAAUGUCAUGGAAACCAACAGAUACGGAUGUAGGGAGACAUAUAGCAUGCGUUAUUGUUACUGAUUCUACUGGCGUUGACUCUGAUGAACAAAGAUGUUUUGUGUUAGAUGUUCAGCCUGAUGUUUUCAACCACUCAUCGUCAUAUUCUACGAACAAGCCGUAUUUCAUUGACAUCCCAUCACCUGGCCAGCUUGUUGCAUGCAAAAUUCACGCAACUUGUGUUGUUGCUUUAUAUGUAAAAUCUGGAGUUGAUGUGUCUGAAAUACAUGUAACUGACAGUUACAUUGACAAGUAUGAAAUCGGCCCAAUACAAUCUCUUACACACAAAGGCCAGGCAGUGUAUAAAGCUGACUUGUCGUUUGAACAUUCAAUGCAUGGAAAGGAACGUAUAUGCUUUAAAGCAAAGGACGUUAAUGGCGGUGAAAGUGAAGAAGUAUGUAUCACAAGCAGUAUUGAACCACCAGAUCCGUGUAUGUCAGCACCGUGUAAAAAUUCAGCUCAUUGUGAGAGAGAUAUAGACACUGGUGGAUAUAGAUGUAUAUGUAUGCCUAAAACAUAUGGGAAAACGUGCGAACAUAAAAUUGAUUUCUGUGAUCCAGAUCCAUGCGUUCAAAAAAACAUCUAUAUUUGUUUUAAUGGAAUGUGCAACUGUAAACCGGGAUUUAAUGGGACAUUCUGCGAAAAUAAUAUUAACGAUUGUCAACAAAAUGCAUGCAAUCAACAUGGAAUAUGUAUCGAUGGUGUCCAAAAUUAUACAUGUGAAUGCUUUGAUCGUUAUAAAGGGGAACAUUGUGAAACGGACGCAUGUCCGUCACAGAGAAAUGGAGCCAUGACUUGCCCAGCAAGUGGUUGUGAAACAGAUCCUUGUAAUGGGCGGGGUGUUUGUUCUGUUGGCGGUCACUGCACGUGUUCAUAUGGCUACUCCGGAACAGAUUGCCUGACACCAAAAUGUAAUAUAUCGGGAACUGUUGGCAGCGGGAUAAUUUCUCCUUCUCCAAAAGAUGGAAGCACUUUGAUAUGUAAUAAACAUGAGGACAUGAGGUUAUCGUGCAGUCUGCGUUUGUAUGUUGCUGCUAAAUCAGGCUUACCUCCUGUUAUGAGCACCGAAACAACAGAUGAACUAAGAAGUAUCAUAACAACACACCCUGUCAAAAAGUCAACAGAUCUUCCUGGUGUUUCCCCUAUCUUCUCGGUAGACAUAACUAUAAAUGGACAAAUGAACAGUUCUAAACCACAGUAUUUAUGUGUAACGGCAACAUAUACAACGUCAAAGUCAACAUCAUGCUACGGAAUAACUAGUCAUGAGGCCGACACUACCCAAAUUAAUGCAACAGUUAAAUUCGAACAGCCAACAUUGAAAGAUCGCAGUAGAAUUGUAUGCAGCGUCGGAGCGAGGUGCCAAUUUCUAUUGUACACAACUAUCGUUUCGAACCGGUCUUCUUGUAAGAUAACAACUUCGUCAAGUGUUGGUGGAUCUGCCAGUGGGACUGUACCUAGUGACCGUUGUGAUAUGGAUGAUAAAGAUAAUGAUGCAGACGAUACAGAUCAAAAUGGAAAAGCAACUUCCCCAUGCUGCGAAGAUGUCAUUUCAUCAACUGACGAAGUAACAGUAUAUAACGCACAUCCACGUGGACAGUCAUGUGUUACAGAGGCUUCUGUUGUCUAUUAUAGUCCAGGGGAGAAACAGAUUUGUUUUCAAUCCAGUUAUUCUAUGUUCCAACAACUAUGUUACACAGUUGAUGUAUACGCUGACACAAAAGACCCUUGCUUCGGUUCACCUUGUCAGAACAACGGGAAAUGUUUGCACGCAGGUCACGACAAUUUUACUUGUGUAUGUCCAAAGAACUAUAUAGGUGAUAAAUGCGAGCAAGGACCCUGCCAAACAGGUGACAAUACUUGCCUGAAUGAUGCUUAUUGUCAAACAGAUAAUGGAGUCACAACAUGUAUAUGUAAGACUGGUUUCUCCGGUCCAACCUGUAGCAAUGUUUCGGCAGGACUUUCCUCCACACAUGCUGCGUUCACAGACGUAGCCAAGCCAAAGAUUAUUUCCUGUGUUUUGAACCAAAAGUGCAGUUUUGCUUUGAUUGUCAGCGAAAAUUCAAAUCAUGCACCCAUUGUAUCUGCAGGGUAUGUUGAUCCAUCGCUGCUGCUGGAAGAAAUUGAGAUUGUUGAUAGAUUACCAAUUCACAAUAGUUAUCAAGCUAAUAUUAGAAUGAAAUCUACACAAUUGGGUUUGAAGGUUUUGUGCAUUCAGACAAAGGACAUAAAUGGAAUUAACAAAGACGAGCUGUGUACUGAUGUCGACGUUGUUUCUGAUACCGUCACUAUAUACACGUUUAAGGAUCGACCUCAUUUUGUCGAGCCAAGUUUGCCCACGGAUGCCGAGGUAGAAUGUCUCGCGGGCGGACCAUGUCACGUGCUCUAUCGUGUGACUCCUGGCACUGGAAAUGAAAACGAAUGUGUGACGUUAAAAGUAAACCCACCUGCUGGGUUUGUGAACUAUUUUCUCUUCUCAUCAUGUGAUACGUGUCCUACCAAUGGUAACUGUACAGUCGAUGUAUCUAUAGUUAACACUAUUGCGGACAAAAACACUGCUCGAAAGUUCUGUUUGUCUGUCGGCCUAAAAGGAAAAUCAGACGACGGUGAACAACGUUGUUUUAACAUAAACGUAAAAGAUCAAACGACUAUUGUUAAGAAAGGAUGUCAGACGCUCGAAUGCAAGAAUGGAGGCUUUUGUGAUGGACAUGACAUGAAUAAUCCCGUUUGCUACUGUUCAAAGGGAUUUUCUGGGUCACAAUGCAAAGAAGCGAAAGUAGAUAGCCAAAUGACGGGACCACAAACACUGAGUUUCAUCGGAGAUUUUACAGUUCCGUCUGAGGUUAAAUGCGUUAUCAACGAGGCAUGUGAUAUACCGUUCCAAGUAAUUUCAAAGAACGGACAUUCCCCAAGUGUAUCUCUGGGAUAUCACGAUCCACUGCUGAAUGUGAUGGAACCUUCCUUUAUGCCCCUCGCAAGUUCUUCUACCGUAUUUCAAGGAAAGAUAGUGUCUAUUCCUAUUAAGGAAGGAGACUUCAGAUUCUGUCUGCAGGCAACUCUCAACAGCAAAACUGAAGAUGAAAUAUGUGUCAUGGUUGAAGUGAUAAGUACAGCCGUGGAAAAAACGGACAAGACCAAGCCUUACUUUCUUCCCCCUACACUAUCAACUGACGCUACUGUGCUGUGUAAAAUCAAAAAGGCUUGUCAUUUCGACAUGCAUUUUACAUCUGGAGAUAAGUUUGCUGGAUUUGCAGGAGUGUGUCCAUCUCUGACUGAGAGGAGUCCAAGUCCUGUACAAGGUGUACACAUAUUUAAUGUAAAGAGAGAGAACAGUUCGGUGUGUACUGGGGAUGUCACGUACGUUCCACCACAAGCAGACGGUCCGCACCAACUUUGUCUACAAGUAUCGUUACCAGGGAAAAAAGGUGAACGUAGAUGUUACACUAUUAAAGUAGUCAAAGAUAUGGACAAGGAAGUUUCAUCAUCAUGUCGUGGAAUCAUUUGUCAACACAACGGAAAAUGUUUGGCAGAUUUCAAGAAGGUGCCAGUAACAUUCUCGUGUAUAUGUACAUCUGCUGGAUUCGUUGGCAAAAAUUGUGGACAUGGAAUAGACAAGAACAAGACUUUACCAGGAGUCAAGAAUUUGAAUGGUACGAUUAGUGGAAUUCAUCAUUUUGAAAUAGACAGCGCUAUUCCAACUGACGUCAAAUGUGAAGAACAAAGUGAAUGCUGUAUCAAUAUACCGUAUAUUGGGAUGAAAAAUAAUCCUCCAUUGAUUGGUUUGAUGAGUUCCGGUUUGAGUAUAUCAAACCAAAGUGUGCUAGGAACUGGAAAUACUGAUCAUUCAAGACAUAUUUCACAGAUAUGUGUUAAAGCAUCGCUAGGUGGUCCUUAUAAAUUCUGCCAGCAGACUACUACAAAUGGCACAAAUAAAGGGAUUAAUAUUGACGAGAUUUGCACGAAUAUCACAGUACAACAUAAAAAUUCAAAUCAUAACACGCCUCCGCCACAUUUUAGCAAGAGUAUUCCUGAUGGCUCGACAGUUGUAUGUAAACCUAACACAAUCUGUCACAAUCAGAUUAUUACAGAGCAACAGCCUGGAGGUCAAUGUUCUCAGGUCAGAGAGUGUGGAGAAGGAGUGCCGGGUGUACAUUUCUUUAAAACUACUCCAGUUGAUAAUUUGUGCAUGACGGAUUUAGCUAUCAAGACAGAAAAUCCAGACAAGCUUGACUUGUGUACUUCCGCAGGAUCCGGUGGACAACAAAAUCACAUGAAAGUAGAAGUAAAAAAUGUAUCAAGUUUUGGGCCAUGUCAGAAACUACAUUGUUUAAAUGGUGGUAGUUGUUUAGCAGUUCAUGAAUCAGAUGCUAUUUGUAAAUGCCUACCUGGAUACACUGGCCAAGUUUGUGAGACAGAUAUAGAUGAAUGUUUAUCUACACCUUGCCAAAAUGGAGGAACUUGUUUAGAUAAGCUGAACGAGUAUCAAUGUAAUUGUAUGCCUGGUUACACUGGAGCUGACUGUGAAACAGACAUAAACGAGUGUGCAUCUAAUCCUUGCAUCAAUGGAGCAACCUGUUUAGAUAAAGUAAACGGGUACUUUUGCAACUGUACUCCUGGUUUCUCAGGGACAAAUUGUGAAACAGAUAUAGAUGAAUGUUUAUCUACACCUUGCCAAAAUGGAGGAACUUGUUUAAAUAAGCUGAACGAAUAUCAAUGUAACUGUAUGCCUGGUUAUACUGGAGAAAACUGUGAAACAGACAUAGACGAGUGUGCAUCUAAUCCUUGCGUCAAUGGAGCAACAUGUUUAGAUAAAGUAAACGCGUAUUUUUGCAACUGUAUCCCUGGUUUCUCGGGGACAAAUUGUGAAACAGAUGUAAACGAGUGCACAUCUAACCCUUGUAAAAAUGGAGCAACUUGUGUAGAUAGAGUGAAUAGUUAUCAAUGUCAGUGUAGCCCUGGUUACAAUGGGACAAACUGUAAUGCUUGCAUGUGUAAACAUGGUAAAUGUGCUCCAAAUGGAUGUAUUUGUUAUGAAGGAUGGUCCGGAAAUGAUUGUGACAAAGUUGGUGGUUCAAGAACUCAUAGUGGAAUAAAGACCGAUACUGAUAGGUCUCCACCGGCGUUUACAGAGUAUGUUAUUCCACAAAUAAUACCCUGCACGAUAAACAAAUCUUGCAAGAUAAUGCUUCCUGUAGACGGAAAACCGCGCCAUAAACCAGUUGUAGAACAUGGAGAUACAGAUCCUGGUCUUAACACUCUCCCAAUUACAGUAAAUCCUAAUCAUGCUGUUCCAUGUGAUUCAACCAUGGCAAAAUGUGCAUAUGAGGCAAUUAUAACAGUGAUACCUACUGAGAUAAAGUUAUAUAAAUAUUGCGUUCAAACAAAGGACUACAAAAGCGUUCUUGCGGAUGAGUUGUGUUAUAAGAUUCAAGGAGUUAAAGACGAGACAAGUCCAGCUGGAAUAUUUAGCUAUCCUCCAACGUUGCCAGAAAAUUCGACGAUGAGUUGUCCGUAUGACCAAGCUUGUCACUAUCAACUUGCAAUCAAAACACCGGGUAAACCUUGCGAUAAAGAUUUGAAUGUCCAACCAUCAAGUUCUUCUGUGCAUGUGUUCUCAUCAAAUAAAACGAAUGGCAGCAUAUGUCAUUAUGAUGUUGUUUAUGUGCCAUCUAAAGAUAAAUCAGGGAAACAAAACUUAUGUGUUUCUCGAAUAAGUUCACCUUCACAGAAACAUUGUAUGGUUGUAGAUGUUAAAGAAAAAUGCAACACGAAGAAAGCCAGCGAGGAAGCGCGUGAAAUGGUAACUAAGGGAUACGCAAGCUGUUUCUGCAUUGUCAACAACAAGAAGGUACAGGUUAUUAAGAAACGACCAGUUGCACAGAAGGGUAAAAUGUUUAAAGCGGCUGGGUUUGGAGCAGGUGGAGUUGCGGGUACAAUGGCUGUAGGUGUAGCAGUGUAUAUGAUUGUAAAUAAAGUUCGCCAGCCAAAGAAACCUCCCACCACACGCCCACCAUCGUCGUUGUCAACAGGAAAUGUACGUCAAAGAACACGCGUUCAUCCUCAAUGACGGACACGCGCAAUCAGUUAAAUUCGAAGAACAACACCCUAAUGACAACUGAUAGUUCAGACAUUUUUGAUUUUGUAUGCCAUUUAAAAUAGAUAAUGUUCUGUAAGGACAUUUUUUCUACGGUAUAUUAUACUAAAUUACAGACUUUCAGGCACUUUCAAAAAUAUGUGUUAUCUUUUUUUAUAAAAAAAUAUAUACGAUUUAUUGAUAAAUAAUGAUAUUAAAAUACUUUAAGUGAAGAAUGUAUGUAAAACUCCAAAUCUCGAUAUUUUUAUAUUUGUGUUAUAAAGCUUUUGGCAGGUUUCGAUUUCAUGAUAUCUAUUGUCAUAUUAAGUAAUAAUGUCUUCACAGCUCUGUAACAAUUUGUAUGUUAUAUAUUAGUAAAAUGUAGUAAGCAUUCAA